GAGGGCGAGCUCCGGCCGCGGGCAGGGCGGGAGGCAACAGCCGGCAACCGAGGGAGACAGAGAGGCGCAGAGACCGCAGUAAUAUCCACUAUAACCAGCCAUCUAACCCCACCCCCCAACACACACCCAUUAUCCCACCCUUCAGGAGAGGCAGCCAGCGGCCCCGCUCUCUGCGCCCAGGGAAAAAGCCCCAGCCAUGAGCAAUCAGUACCAGGAGGAGGGCUGCUCGGAGAGGCCCGAGUGCAAAAGUAAAUCUCCAACUUUGCUCUCCUCCUACUGCAUCGACAGCAUCCUGGGCCGAAGGAGCCCUUGCAAAAUGCGGCUGCUGGGAGCCGCGCAGAGCUUGCCCGCCCCACUGGCCAGCCGCGCCGACCAGGAAAAGGCCGUGCAAGGCUCCCCCAAGGGCAGCGGCGCCCCGUUCGAGGCUGAGCUGCACCUGCCGCCCAAGCUGCGGCGCCUGUACGGCCCUGGCGGGGGCCGCCUCCUCCAGGGCGCCGCGGCGGCGGCGGCGGCCGCGGCAGCGGCGGCCGCGGCGGCGGCCACGGCCACCGCGGGUCCGCGCGGGGAGGCCCCUCCGCCGCCGCCGCCAAACGCGCGGCCCGGGGAGCGGCCGGACGGCGCGGGGGCCGCCGCGGCCGCCGCGGCCGCCGCCGCCGCGGCCUGGGACACGCUCAAGAUCAGUCAGGCACCGCAGGUGAGCAUCAGCCGCAGCAAGUCGUACCGCGAGAACGGGGCGCCCUUCGUGCCGCCGCCGCCCGCGCUGGACGAGCUGGGUGGCCCGGGGGGCGCCGCGCACCCGGACGAGCGCCUCGGCGCGGCCAGCGGCCCCGGUGGCGCCCCGGCGGCGGGUGGCGGUACGGGCGCCGAGGACGACGAGGAGGAGCUGCUGGAGGAUGAAGAGGACGAGGACGAGGAAGAGGAGCUGCUGGAGGACGACGAGGAGGAGCUGCUGGAGGACGACGCCCGCGCGCUGCUCAAGGAGCCCCGGCGCUGUGCCGUGGCCGCCACUGGCGCGGUAGCCGCCGCCGCCGCCGCCGCCGUGGCCACCGAGGGCGGGGAGCUAUCGCCCAAGGAGGAGCUGCUGCUGCACCCAGAGGACGCUGAGGGCAAGGACGGCGAGGACAGCGUGUGCCUGUCAGCGGGCAGCGAUUCGGAGGAGGGGCUGCUGAAGCGCAAACAGCGGCGCUACCGCACCACGUUCACCAGCUACCAGCUGGAGGAACUGGAGCGGGCCUUCCAGAAGACGCACUAUCCAGACGUCUUCACCAGGGAGGAAUUGGCCAUGAGGCUGGAUUUGACUGAGGCCCGAGUCCAGGUUUGGUUCCAGAACCGUCGGGCUAAGUGGCGCAAGCGGGAGAAGGCGGGCGCUCAGACCCAUCCUCCGGGGCUGCCCUUCCCCGGGCCGCUGUCGGCCACCCACCCUCUGAGCCCCUACCUGGACGCCAGCCCCUUCCCCCCGCACCACCCUGCGCUCGACUCGGCCUGGACGGCCGCCGCUGCCGCCGCCGCCGCCGCCUUCCCGAGCCUACCUCCGCCUCCUGGCUCGGCCAGCCUGCCGCCCAGCGGGGCGCCGCUGGGCCUGAGCACUUUCCUCGGAGCCGCUGUGUUCCGACACCCGGCCUUCAUCAGCCCUGCGUUCGGCAGGCUCUUUUCCACCAUGGCCCCCCUGACCAGCGCGUCGACCGCGGCCGCGCUCCUGAGACAGCCCACGCCGGCCGUGGAGGGCGCGGUGGCGUCGGGCGCGCUGGCCGACCCGGCCACCGCGGCCGCAGACAGACGCGCCUCUAGCAUAGCGGCGCUGAGGCUCAAGGCCAAGGAGCACGCCGCGCAGCUCACGCAGCUCAACAUCCUGCCGGGCACCAGCACGGGCAAGGAGGUGUGCUAAAGGCUGCCCUCCACCCUCGCGCCCCGGGCGCACCCCGAAAGGUCACCUCACUCAGCACCACUCAAGACCAAAUGGAAACAGAGGACCAGCACACUCCCGAGACGGCACUGAGAGAGCGCGGCCGCCUUCGCAGCAGCCCGGAUGCGGGCAAGGCAGCCCCUGGCGCUACCGGACGUGGCACCUCCUCGGCUGGCUGUCCACCCGCCCCUGCCCCUGCCCCUGCCCCUGCCAACCUCGCUCCGACUCUGAACAUCCACUCUCUCUCGCUCUUACUUUACUGAAAAUAUCGGGGAGGUUGUCUCUCCAAGACGCCUGGUAUUGAAGUUAAAAAAUUAAGAAACCCAACCUCUCUUCCUCCUGACACCCCACUUAGCUUUUUUUUUCUCUUCUUAAAUAGCAUUUUGGCGCUCUAAGUUGAUCCCCCCAGCGUGGGCCCCGGUGUGAAGCCAGGGCCAGGGAAGCGAAUGCGAAUCUGUAAGAUAGCUAACAGUGCACUUAACGGAAAGGGGCGUCUUGUUCUUGUUCUCUUCUUUAUCAUACACCAACCAAGGUUUUUAUAUCAAACCAAAGGGAAAUACUCUGCUAGAAUAUGGACUGUUGAAGUCACCAAACUGUGAUUAUUGAUUCUGUACAUACCAUUGUUAUUAAAAAAAAAAAAAGAACAGAGCUUUGUAUAUUUGAAAUGUUAUAACGCAAUUGCACUCAGCGUGGUAUGGUAAAAGUUUGUCCUCCUGUAGAUUCUUACUGUGUUGUAGAUACGGUAGGGUUCCUAGACAAAUAUUUAUGUACUCAAGCCCUUUAUUUAACUUAUUAACUGUAGAGGCUUCCGAAACCUUCAAGAUAAAGGCAAUGGUACAGUACUUUUGUGUAAUGUGUAAUUGUUAUCACUUUUCCUUGCUAUCUAGUGGAGAAGUGUCACGCUCAAAAUAAAAAAAAAAUUAUAUGUUUA